UAAUAUCAGAAAAAAAAUCAUUAAUACUACAAUAGUUCAAAUAUUUUCGGUCCAACAAAAUUUCAGUUUGCCAACAUGUUAUAAAAUUUUUUGAGUCUCAUACAUAACCAAUUCCAUUCUGGCCUACAAAAACCGAUCCAUCGCUAUACUUACAUCACCUAAGUUCUGCAAAAUUUCAGUCCGAUAUUAUGUCGAAAACUUUCUGAAUAGCAUAUAGCUUCAACUCCUCUCUGGAUUCCAAAAAGACAAUACAAAACUAAUCGAACACAAUGUCACAUCACCGUUUAACAGACGAACAACUAGCAGAGUUUCAGGAAGCAUUUGAUGUUUAUGAUUUGAAUGGCGAUGGAUUCAUUUCAAGUAAAGAGUUAGCUCUAGUUAUGCGUAGUAUAGGUCACAAUGCUACAGAGGCAGAGUUGCAAAGAGUGAUAAAUAAAAUGCUCAAGGAUAAAAAGGACGGGAUAAAUUUCAGGGAAUUCAUUCGUGUGAUGGGAAGUAAAAUAAUGGCAAAAAUUACAGAGAAGGAGAUUUAUGAAGCAUUUGUAGUAUUUAAUAGAGAUGAAACUGGCGGUAUAUCACAUGAUGAGAUAAAACACGUAUUAAUCAAUUUAGGUGAGAAUAUAACUGAUGAAGAAAUAAACGAAAUGAUGCUUGAAGUAGAUACUGAUGGCGAUGGACUAAUAAACUAUAAAGAUUUUCUUGACGUAAUGCUGAUUGAUUAAAGUUCUUUCAUUUACUGUAAUUGGAAAUAUAAUAGAAAAUUAUUAAGCAACUUACACAAAUCUCAGUUACAAUAUAUUCCAUAGUGCCAUAUUCAUAUCGAAGCAAUAAACUAUAUAUAAUGCCAAAUA